AACACUGGUCCUUGAAACAGUUCUACUGAUAUGACACUAGUGGAAGGGAGGGCAGUAGCGAAGUCUUCACAGAUACAAAUACUGAAAGUGUGUUUAGUACAAGAGGCAGAUCCGCUGGAUGUGGUUCUUGUCACCGAUGAACCAGAGGAGCUCAGCUGCAGAAUUCAAGACGAGACAAAAAGCGCAGCCUCACUGCCUCAGGGCUACCUAUCCUCUGCCUGGCUGGCGUCAAGGUGCGGGGACAAGGGAGUGAGCGCCCACUCUGUUAAAACUAUCUGACAAAAUGACACCCCAGUGACUCCGCACCUACCUUGGUAGAGACACAGAGGUUGGGAUGGCGAAGGAAACGAGAGGGAAAGCCGCUUCCCGCAAGCACAGCGUCUCCCACUGGCGGAUGCAGGACAUUGCACAGGAGUCUGUUGACAGCUCAGAUGAGGAGUUUUUCGAUGCCAGAGCAGAUAUGCUGGAGGGGAAGAGUGCCAUCCUCCUGGGAAUGAGCCAGUGGAACUCUAACGACCUGGUAGAGCAGAUCGAGACCCUGGGACACAUGGACCAAUCACAAGGGAGCCUGUACCGCCUGGGGCGUCCUCGAUGUGUCCCUCAGAGCAGCAUCGACGGGUUAGAGGACAUGGAGAAGACCCAGUGUAAGACCCACGUGUUGCUGCUGGUGAUGCAUGGUGGGAACAUCCUGGAUACGGCAGGGGCAGACCCUGGCACCAAGGCUGGCGAUGCCACCACGCUGUCCUCCGUGCUGGAGAAGGUGGCUCUGGCACACUUCCAGGCCGCCGCAGAACAUGUGAUGAUCAAGCUAGUGGCCUGCCCGGCUGUGUGCGCCGAGGCCUUCUCCCUCGUCUCCAAUCUGAACCCAUACAGCUAUGAUGAGAGCUGUGUGUCCAGCAGCGUUGACCACCUGCCCCUGGCUGCCCUCCCGCUCCUCGCCAUCGCUGCGCCACACUACCAGGACGCCGUGGCAACCCUCAUCACCCGUGCCAACCAGGUCUACCACAGCUUCCUCGCGUCCCAGGACGGACAGGGCUUCACCGGACAGGUGUGUGUGAUGGGCGACUGUGUGGGAGGUGUGCUGUGCUUCGAUGCCCUGUGUUUCAGCAGCAGCAGUAGUAGCAGCCAGAGGCAGCACAGCAGCCACAGCAGCAGCAGGAACAACAGCACUGAGAGCCUCAAGGAUAACCAUGAGGACAGCCCCUGUCACAGCCCCAGCCUGGGCCUCAGCUCCAGUAAGAGGCUGAGUAAGAGCAACAUUGAUAUCUCGGCCCUGCCCAGCGAUGAACACAGCCAGGGCAGACAGCCCCUCAUCAGGAAACAGAGCGACUCGUAUGAUGGAGAUACAUCUACUGGACAACACAGCUUCUUCAGCAGUCUGAUGCAGGAGGGGGUGGACCUGCGUCCCGGCAGCAGCAGUAGUCUGAUUUUGAACCCAGGGAGGUUUGACUUUGAGGUUUCCGAAUGUUUCCUGCUGGGCUGUCCACUGGGCCUGGUGCUGGCCAUGAGACGCACCGUACUGCCUGCUGUCCAGGUGAGUCAACUCCGUCCUGCCUGCACCCAGAUCUUCAACCUGUUUUAUCCCUCGGACCCCUCUGCCUCCAGACUAGAGCCCCUGCUGGAGCCCCUCUUCCACAAGCUGCCCCCCUUCCCCAUGCCGCGCUACCAGCGCUACCCCCUGGGAGAAGGACGCUCCACACUCAUAGCUGACAGUAUCCAAAGCCACCCAGAGGUGUUCCUUGAGGCAGAGCCCAGUCCUGGUGCCCCGACCUUGCCCCCUUCCCCUGAGACAGACAGCAGUGGGAAGGGAGGAAGAGGAGGAGGAGGAGGGCGCAGGGCCAGUGUGACCAGCGUGGACAGUGAGACAUCCUUCUGCUCUGUGGGCCGGAUGAGUAGCACCAUCACCAACAUUUCCAGUAGCUGGUGGGGCUCUAAGAGGUUGGACUAUGCUCUGUACUGUCCAGACGUGUUGACCUCCUUCCCCACCGUGGCACUGCCUCAUCUCUUCCAUGCCUCCUACUGGGAGUCCACUGAUGUAGCUGCGUUUGUGCUCCGACAGCUCAUGCGAUGCGACAGUGUGAAGACCCAGGAAGCUAACACCAAGGACUCAGCCCCCUUCUCUCCAUCCAGCCCACGGGAGAAGUGGCUUCGCAGGAGGACGCCUGUCAAACUGAGGAAUGUGACUGGCAACCACAGGGUGAAUGAUGUCAUCGCCACAGAGGAGGGACCACAGACUCUGGUUGGUCGGUUCAUGUAUGGCCCCCUGGACAUGGUGACUCUGACUGGAGAGAAGGUGGACAUUCUCCUGAUGACCCAGCCCCAGUCCGGCCGCUGGGUCCACUUUGACACGGAGGUGACCACCAGUAGUGGCAGAGUGGUUUACACCAUCCCCAAGAGCAAAAAGCUGGCCACCGGGGUCUACCCUAUCAAAAUGGUGGUCAAGGGAGAUCAGACGAGUGCGGAGGCCUACUUGACGGUGCUGCCCAGGGGGAUGGAGUGUGUGGUGUUCAGCAUCGAUGGCUCCUUCGCUGCUAGCGUCUCCAUUAUGGGCAGUGACCCUAAAGUCCGCCCCGGAGCUGUGGAUGUCGUCAGACACUGGCAGGACUUGGGCUAUCUUAUCAUCUACAUCACAGGGAGGCCAGACAUGCAGAAGCAGCGCGUGGUGUCAUGGCUGUCCCAACACAACUUCCCCCAGGGCAUGAUCUUCUUCUCUGAGGGCCUGGUCCAUGACCCACUGAGACAGAAAACCAUCUUCCUCAGGAACCUAGUGCAGGAGUGUCACAUUAAGAUCAACUCAGCAUACGGCUCCAUGAAGGACAUCUCUGUGUACAACAUGCUGGGUCUGAGUCCUUCCCAGAUUUAUAUUGUGGGCAGGCCUUCCAAGAAGUACCAGAAUCAAUGCCAGUUUCUAAGUGAUGGCUAUGCAGUGCACCUCUCCUCACUGCAGUUUGGCCACCGGGCCAGACCCAAGAAGACCUCCUCGGUCCGCAUGGUCCUAAGGAAAGGCUCCUUCGGCCUCUCUGCCAAACCUGACUUCCUGUGUAAACGCACCCACCUGAGGAGAACCAUGUCUGUCCAGCACGCUGACCCUCCCUGCACUCCCAACCCCAAGCCUGAGCGGGCCCAGAGCCAACCAGAGUCUGACCAGGAUCCCGAGGGAGGAGGAGGGGGCGGCGGCCAUGGUGUCUGGGGGCGGGCCUCCAUGCACCGUGGAGAAGCCACACCCUGACGGACAGAGAGAGAUGGAGGGAGGAUGGAAGAGGAGGAGGACAAGGGUCACAUUGUCCAGGGCCAAGUGUUGUCACCUAUAUUGGAUCUUCUGCUGGUAUUAGUUAUGUUAACCUCCUGCUUGGCCCUCUACACUUCUUCAACAGCAGACCUUCUCCACUCCCAGGACUCAAUAGAUAAUGUCUAAUAUUCCUCAAGCUUUCGCCUAAUGCUUGAAACAGCCAUGGAUUCACCCAAAUGCUGCCUCUCAAGCUCAAAUUACGUAUAAUGUGGCAAAAGUUUUUUCAGUCGCAGUGCUAUUGAAACAAUGUGUUAUAUUUUGUCAAGCAGAGAGAGAGACACUUUGGUCAUUUGUAUCAUGGUGCAGAAACACUUGCUGCAAAACAGGAGAUCAACACACAGACGCGACCACAGUCGAAUGCUAGAAGACUCCCUCUCGUCCCCCACUGGGAAUAGUAACAGAGGAGAUCCUGUUGAAACCUAUGGAGGAACUUUCUAGCCCAUGCAAUAUACCAUCAGGAGCUGUUCCAGACAGUGUGUUUAUUGACCUGGUGUGUUGACAGGUGGCAGAGCUGCACUGACAGACUCCUGCAAUUAUCCUCUAUUUAAAUAGGACAGACAUCUUGUCCUUCUCUAUGGUCUCUGUCCCCAGGAGCGCUGUGGGGCCUCUGGCUGCUUCACGCUGGGGACAUUAACCUUAUGUUCCUCAGCCUGGCUGACCUGACCUAACCCCACUCCAGCCUCAGCCCUAUAGCCAUCCAUCCAUCUCUCCCUCUCUCAUUCAGUCAGUCAGUGAGGCAGAACACGGCUUCAGACAGCAGCCUGGUAGGGGGUCCAUGGCCACUGAACUGAUGACAGAGUGGACAGCUCGAGGUUGCUCUGACUUGCACUCUCCAAGUACUACAGUAUACCGCGGUGCUUGGUGUCCUGUAGUUCUCAAUCCUAAAGGUUGUGUUGUAUCUCAGCAAACUCACUGCAGACUGUGACAAUGCCUGUGGAAUGCUGUUACUCCUGGUGGCUCAGAUACAAUAGCGGGAUUUGCUUGCUGUUGUUGUGAUCUUAUAUCUGACCCCAGAAGUUGAACUACGUGUUUUACUCCUUCUCUGUCGGGUUCCUGGGCUUGUAUGGAUGGACUGAGUAUGAUAUGCUUUGUAAAGCUGUUUGAGGGAAUUGUUAUACUGAAUUGACCGAAAUUCUUUACAGGGUUGUGAUGAGA